GCGCUCUCGCCCGUGCCCCGGUUUCGUCGCGACUUGUUUGCAUGUAAGUCCGUCAUCGACUCGAUCGCUUGUAUCCACAGCAUCCGGACUACAGCCAACGGGUGGAAUAUGGAAUAGCGGAUUCAAGUGACUGUCUCCAGUUGUAUUCAAAAAAUUCAACGAAUAUGUCACUAAAACCAAAACCAAUAAACUUUACGGAAAAAUGGAACAGUUUACAAGAGACUGUAAAAGGUGUCAUAACAUUAGACACAGUCCCUAGAGAUGCAUGGAACGAACGUUUCAAUGAUGUUUACUCUAUGUGUGUGGCCUUCCCAGAGCCCCUCGGUGAUCAACUUUAUGACUCAACAAAGUUGUUCUUAGAGAAUCACGUACUUGAACUAUUGACUAUUAUACAAACCGGAGGUACUGCAAAUCUGUUACAAAAUUAUUAUACAUAUUGGCAGAAGUAUAGUAAAGGUGUCAAAUACCUACAUUCACUUUACCAGUACCUUAAUAACCAACAUAUUAAAAAGCAUAAAUUGUCAGAAGCAGAAGUUUUGUAUGGAAACAUUACACCAGAUGCCACUGAACAGAUGGAGGUUGGAGAACUUGGGCUUGAUGUGUGGAAACACAAUAUGAUAGUACCACUGAAAGACAGUAUGCUCGAGUUAUUAUUAGAUCAAUUUGACAAACAAAGGCAUGACAUAUCAAUGACCACAUCUUUGGAUAUCAUUUCUGGUGUUAUUAACUCAUUUGUUGUUGUCCAAGAGUUCAGGAAAAAAUAUCCACUUGAAUUGUAUCAAAGUUAUUUUGAGCAACCUUUUUUGGAGCAAAGUAGUGAACACUUUAAACGCGAAGCUGCAAGAUUGUUACAAGAAAACACAGUGUCCGAGUACAUGGUUAAAGUGUUGCAAAUAUUGAAAGAAGAAGGAAUUAGAUCAAAAAAAUAUCUCCAUGACAGCACCUAUGUUAAACUGCGGGGACGUUGUCGUCAACAUAUGGUUGGUGAUCAUUUAGAUUUUUUGCAUGGAGAGUCUGAAGCUAUGAUAAAGGAAGAGCGGCGAAAUGACAUGCACAAUAUUUAUUUACUUUUACGUGAAAUUAAAGAUGGAAUGACCUCAUUAGUUGACAUUUUCAGAGAACACAUAAAACAACACGGAAUCAGAGUUAUUGAAUCUUUAAGACAAGAACAAAUAUAUGUACAUUUUGUUGAGGAAGUAUUGGAGGUACAUAAAAAAUACAAAUCUAUAGUUGUAGAUGUGUUCAACAAUGAUUUAUGCUUCAGUGGUGCACUUGAUAAAGCAUUUACAGUAAUCAUAAACUAUAAACAAGUAAAAAAUCAACCAUCUAAGUCCCCAGAAUAUUUAUCAAAAUACUGCGAUAAUUUACUGAAAAAAUCAUCUAAAGGCAUGUGUGAGGGUGAAAUUGAUCAAAAACUAUUACAGUCUAUUACUAUAUUCAAGUAUGUAGAUGAUAAAGAUAUAUUCCAGAGGUUCUAUCAAAGGCAUCUGGCAAAACGGUUAAUACACCAACAAAGUCAGUCCAUGGACGGAGAAGAAGGAAUGAUCAACAAAUUGAAACAAGCUUGUGGUUACGAGUUUACAAAUAAAUUACAUCGUAUGUUUACUGAUAUCAGAGUAUCAGAAGGACUAAAUUCAAAAUUCCAUAGUGAAUUCCUUAAACCUACUGAUAAGUUAAAUGUCUCAUUUUCUAUGUAUGUAUUGCAAACUGGAGCUUGGCCUUUGGGAUCAUCAAUUGUGUCAUCAUUUGUUAUUCCUCAACAACUGAUACCUUGUAUACAAUAUUUUGAAGCUUUCUACAAAGAAAAAUUUAAUGGACGAAAAUUAACAUGGCUUCAUCAUCAUUGCCAGGGCGAGUUAAAAUUGGACUAUUUACAAAAAGUGUAUAUAGUGACAAUGCAGACAUUUCAAAUGUCUAUCAUGUUACUAUUUGAAGACCGUGAUACAAUAAACUACACUGAAAUUCACGAAAUACUUCAAUUAACAAGUGAUCAAUUUCAAAAGCACAUCAAUAGCUUAAUUGAAUGUAAAUUGUUGUUGAUUGAUGGUGAUAAUGUUUCAUUAAAUAUGGCAUACACCAAUAAGCGUACAAAAUUGCGUAUAACAUCAGCUCUCCAAAAAGAAACUCCUCAAGAGGUUGAACAGACUGUUAAUUCUGUCGAAGAUGAUCGUAAAACAUACUUACAGGCAGCUAUUGUUCGAAUAAUGAAAUCGCGUAAGAUACUGAGACAUAAUCAACUUGUGAAUGAAAUACUUUCCCAAUCAAAGACAUUUGCACCAUCGAUUGCACUCAUAAAAAAAUCUAUCGAAACACUAAUUGAUAAAGGAUAUCUAGAACGCACCCCAAAUUCAUCUGAUGGCUACAGUUAUGUGGCUUAAUUUUUUUUAAUGAUUAUAUACAUUUUAAGUCAUAUUGUUUCAUUAUUAUACAUAAUUACCUACUUAUUUUUUCAAUGUAUUGAAAAUGGUUUUUGUAUUGUAUAUAAUUUAAAUAUUUUUUAAAAUUAUGUUUGUUCUUGUAAACUCUAAAUCGUGUUUCUAACUAAUCCAUUUAACACAAUAGAUAAUUUAAUUUAAUGUCUUCGAUUUACUAUCAGAAAGUGUUUUGUUUGUAUUGUUGCCCAAUUUCUGUAUAGUUAUAAAUAUUGUGUAGCUGAUAAACAAAUUAAUUUGUCUACGUUUUAAACAAGAUUUGGAUAAGUUGAUCUAUUGCUAUUUUCAAAAUGUUUAAACACAUUUAAUGUUGAUAUAUGUCUGUAUAUAAUUUAGCACAAUUCCUUAUAAAAACAUGUUAUCAAAGUAGAUUAUUGUUUGAAUUUAAAACCUUAAAUAAAUUAUAUUAUUGUAAUUAUAAUUUUGUAUAUAUAAUAUACAGCCAUUCUGGUAUUCAUUUUUUUAGAAGCUCAUUUUCAUUUUAGUUUACAUGAAAAAAACUCCUUUUAAAAAUGAUGAAUAAAAGUUUCCGCAUAAAACCAAUUUUUUUGUUAGAAAGCAAUGAUUUAGAAUACUCAAAUUUAAUGUUACAGAUUUACUAUCCGAAAGUGUUUGUAUAGUUUCCCAGUUUCUAUAUAGCUAUAAUUACUGUGUUGAUUGUAUACAAAUUAAUUUUUCUACAUUUUAAACAAACUUUGUAUUAGGUGACCUAUUACUAUUUUUAAAAUGUUUAAACAGAUAUUUUAAUUUAAUGUUGAUAUGUGUGUGUACCUACUGUGUAUAUGAUUUAGCACAAUAUUCCUAAUAAAAUACCUGUAAUCAAAAUAGAUGAUUGUUUGAAUUUAAAACUUGAAAUAAAUUAUACUAUUGUAAUU